CCGGGGCUCCUGUCAACAUGGCAGCGGCGGGCGUGCGGUGGCUGCUCGGGGUGGCAGUGGUGGCACAUGCGGUGGCAUCAGGUGCGGGAUUUGUGGUGGAUCUGGAUGAGUCGUUUAAAGAAAACCGUAAAGAUGAUAUUUGGCUCGUAGAUUUUUAUGCACCUUGGUGUGGCCACUGCAAGAAAUUGGAGCCUGUGUGGAAUGAAGUGGGAAUAGAAAUGGAACGCAUGGGCUCUCCAGUGAAAGUUGGGAAGAUGGAUGCAACUUCUUUUUCUAGUAUUGCAUCUGAAUUUGGAGUGCGAGGCUAUCCAACAAUUAAGCUUUUAAAAGGUGACUUGGCAUACAACUAUAGAGGACCUAGAACCAAAGAUGAUAUCAUUGAAUUUGCUAAUAGAGUGGCAGGACCUCUUAUCAGGCCACUUCCUAGCCAGCAUAUGUUUGAGCAUGUGCAGAAGAGACAUCGUGUACUGUUUGUGUAUGUUGGUGGUGAAUCUCCUUUAAAGGAAAAAUACAUUGAUGUUGCUUCAGAACUAAUAGUUUAUACAUACUUUUUUUCUGCCUCAGAAAAUGUGCUGCCUAAGUAUGUGACUUUGCCUGAAUUGCCUGCUGUUGUGGUCUUCAAAGAUGGAACUUACUUUGUUUAUGAUGAGUAUGAAGAUGGUGAUUUGUCAUCCUGGAUAAACAGAGAAAGAUUUCAAGGUUAUCUUAAUGUAGAUGGCUUUACACUUUAUGAACUUGGAGAUACAGGAAAACUUGUGGCUAUUGCAGUCAUUGAUGAUAAAAACUCUUCAGUGGAACACACCAGACUAAAAUCUAUCAUUCAGGAAGUUGCCAGAGAUUAUCGGGAUAGUUUUCACAGGGAUUUCCAAUUUGGCCACAUGGAUGGAAAUGACUACAUUAAUAGUUUGCUAAUGGACGAGCUGACCAUCCCUACUAUCGUCGUCUUGAAUACCUCCAACCAGCAGUAUUUUCUGCCAGACAGACACAUUGAGAAGACAGAGGACAUGGUUAAGUUCAUUAACAAUAUCUUGGAUGGUACUGCUGAAGCACAGGGUGGUGAUGGACUUCUGCAACGAAUCAAGAGAGUAAUCUAUGAUGCCAAGUCUACUGUAAUGUCUGUGUUCAAGAGUUCACCACUCCUGGGAUGCUUCCUCUUUGGGUUGCCCCUGGGGGUCAUCAGCAUUAUGUGUUAUGGGAUCUGCACAGCUGAUCCUGAUGGAGGGCUGGACGAGCACGAGACGGCUAAAAAGGACAGCAGCGAUCGGGAGCUCACAGACGAAGGCACCGAGGAGGAGCAAGAGGAAGAAAAGAGUGGAAGAGAUACAGAACUUUCAGAUGUUGAGCUUCAACAGAAAGACCUCAUGGAAAAGAAAAGAGACUAACUUGUUUAGCAAAAGUAUUCUCUAGAAUUUCCCAAAUCACUUAUUUAUUGAAGGGAGUCAUUUGUUGGUCAUUGUCAUCACGAGAGAGGACCUUUUGGUUUGCGUUAGGGUGGUUUGGGCUUGCCUGUACCUCCAGGCCCCUCAGAAAUUGAUGGGGGGGGAAAACCCCAACCCAUGCAAGUUCUCUUGGUUGUCUUUAAUAGAUAAACAAAGAGCAAGUGCAACUGAAAGAACUUUGCAGGUAACAAUUCUGUAACACUGUUUGGAGAGUUUUGAAUUGCUCAUUGCCAGCGAGAUCAAGGUAGUGCCCCUUGACCUUACUGCAUAUGAUGAACUACUCCUAACACAGCCCAGCUGAACACAGAGUCAGGUGAAAUGAAGGCUGAAGAGAUAGGAAAAAUCUUUCUCAGCCUCAUAGCUAAAGACAGUUUAGUUUCCCCAAGAAGUUCCAUUCUACCUGUUGUGCAUUGGUUUGAUGCCAAAGCCAAACAACUCCCCCAGACCUUUCUAUUUUCUCAACUUUGGUGUAAAUGAAUAUGAAUUGAGGUUGGAUGAGGCCCUGAGCAGCCUGUUGCAGUGGGAGGUAUCCCUGCCUAGAGCAGAGGGUUGGGACUGGAUGAUCCUUGAGGUCCCUUCCAACCUAAACCAUUCCAUGAAGUCUUUUAUCAGCUCCUAGGAUUAGUGACAGUGGGGAAUGUUUGCUUGCUAUGAGAUGAGGGAGCUGUUUCCUAAAUGGAAUGUUCAUUAGUUCUUUAGCACCUGAAAAUGUUGGCAGGCUACUUGAUAAACCUCCUGGAACACAGGGGCCUGUUGAAUUGUUUUCCCAGUGCCUGAACAACUUGCAGUGCUGUAAUGGGUUAGCCUCCUGUUUCCCUCCAACACAGAAGUGAGGCAAAAGUAACACAGCCAAGGAAAAACCCUCUGGGUUGAGAUCAAGAGGUAAAUACAAAAUGAGAUCCUGCAGUGCACAAUUACCUUAGCCUGUUUCUGUUUGCAGAAAGCAGGAGUCAGCCACCUGCCACCCAUCCCCUCCUGACCCCAACCCCAGAAACCCAAAGCAGCACUUGGCACAGGAGGUCUCUCGUGUUGCAGUCUCAACUUCAAGCCCUGGAAUACUUUGCUUCAGCCAGCAGCAUGGGGUUGGAUACCAACAGCAGAGUCGACUUAACCUGUGACUGAGUGAGCUGUAAGUUUUCUGACUCCACAGUAGAACCUGAAAAAGAAAGAUGUGAAUGGAAGCAGGCUCUGACUGCUCUGUGUAACUGAUGAGAAGCUUUCUGAAGGAGGUGAAUUUGUUUUACAGCCCUUCACUCAGCUUGUUACAGAUCUUCAAGGUAGCUGCUGGUGCAAUGUCUGUUGGAGACUGUUACCCACUCUGAAGGAGGGAGUUAGUGGAGCAUCAUAGGAACAUGUAGAGAGAUUGGUCAGUAAAAGGCAUUUGUGUUACCCUUUUUAGUCAUUUGAGUCACUUUUAUUGUAAUCCCAUGGCUGAGAGCAGGACUCCUUUGUGUCCAGGGUUAAAAUCUUCAAGGAGAAACAGUGCCAAGGCUCUGAAUUGAUUUGGACUUGGUGCUGCUAGUUACAAUGUAGGACAGUUAAGGCAGUCCUAUGUUUUGUGAUUUGUCUUUUCCUACCGUUCUAAUUUUGGCUCAGGCUAGUGUGAAGUGUCUCUGGAACGAGGUCCUUGUGGUCCCUUCUGACCCUGACUGAUUCUAUGAUUCUAACAAGCAGCUUUUGACUUAAAAACCCCUGAGGUCACUGCAGCACCUCUCUAUGGAAUAAAAGAAAGGGAUUUUGCUGCACUGCUGAGAACUGUUUCCAACUCUGAGCCUUUGUUUUUGUGGUUGUUUUUGGUUCGUGUUUAUAAACAGCAGUAGCUAAGCAAUCCUCUCUGAGCUAUGGACCAGAAUCUGCUGCAUCCUGUGCAAGAAGCAGAUCCCAGUGUGAUCUGGUGCAGCUGUAGCACUUCCUAACUGCUAGGUUUAGGAGGAGGGCAUGUGUCUCAGUCGUUUCUGAGCUGUGAUACCAAUCAGGUGUCUGCUUCAGUCUUGAACCUCUGCCACGUGCUGCCACGUUCACCAAAUCUUUCUCCCGGCUUCAGGGAGAGAAGGAGUGUCCAGCUCCCAGAGUGGGUGUCAGAAGCAAUGUGAAGUGGAAGGGGUUUGCUGUGCUCAUGUAGAAAGUUGUGUGAGGGAAUCUGGCAGUUUGGUUUUUGAUUUCUUCAGUCUCUGAAGUUUUUCUUAGAGCAGCUUCACUGUAAUCCCUUUUAAAUUCACAGAAUCUGUGGGUUGGUUGUUUUUUUUUAAGACAAGUGUGAGCCUUCUGGGUUUUGGGGUUUGGUUUGGGUUUGUUUGUUUGUUUCUGUAAUAAAAACAUUGAAAAGG